AUGCCUCGUGCUAGCACAACCCCGGGUGCCCGGCUCCGGUGCCGACGAGCCUGCGACAGCUGUAAACGGCGCAAACAGAAGUGUAACGGCGAGCAACCAUGCACAAUUUGUGUGCAGAGAAGCAAAGAGGCUGAAUGUCAUUUCUCCGAUCGCCCCGCGCGGCUACUGAAGCCCGAUGUCAAGGACUCGACAAUGCUGCUUAGUGAGCGCAUUGUACCGUCCCCACAACGAGAAACGGCAAUGGACCGCCUGUUGAAUUCUCUGGAAGACCAAGGCAUGAAUAUGGAACACCAGGCCAAAGACGAAAAGGAAGGAACUGCGCCGGUGCCCAAGGUCGCGCGGCUUCUGCGCGAUGGGCAGGGGAAGUUUAUGUACAUUGGGGACUCGGCCAGUCUGUCAUUCUUACAGAGUGUGCGCCGAGUGGUCACGUCGUCAAUUGGCCGGUGCGAAUUCACAGAGGAUAAUUCGAGACAUUCCAUGCUCGAGGCUUUUCAGAAUAACCCGGGCAAUCAGCCCGGUCCCCUGGUGGAACCCCCACCCAACGAGGAAGCACAACGGCUGGCCCGUCAGUUUGUACUUGCUACCAGCCCAUUGUUGGAUCUGUUCGACUUGCAAGAGUUCCAUCCCCGGUUGGCGAAUUGGGUCGCAAAUCCUUCUGGCGAUGAAGACACUGUGAGCUCCAUCUUCUAUCUGGUAUUGGCGAUUGGCGCGCAGGUUUCCAGUAUUGAUCAGACGGUGGCCGAGCAAUACUUUGGCAGUGGUCGCCAAUUGGCAUUCUCGGCGUUCCAGGAAACCCCGAGCAUCCACACGAUACAGUCUUACAUCUUGGUCUCCAUGUACAUGCUUGGCGCGUGUAGGCGCAAUGGCGCAUUCAUGAACCUCGGGAUUGCCCUUCGCGCAGCUUACGCAGUGGGCAUCCAUCGUAAAGAUGCCAACGCUUUGUUCUGUGGACGGGAGCGUCGGGCUAGAGAGCGAGUUUGGAAAAGUCUUCGGAUGAUGGAUCUAUUCCUUAGUGCAUCUCUGGGACGCCCCCCUGCAACAUCAGAUUACGAUUAUGACAUUCGUGACGAUGCACUUCUAUCAGGGCAAUCGCAACAACAUUUAACGCCAGACCAGCAGCUUUCUGCUGCAGUGACUUCACUGUGUCGAAUCUUCGAACGCAUUCUAACCGAUGUCUACAUGAAACAAGUCAUAUCGAUCAACGUCGCAGAAACAAUAUCAAAUCAACAUCGUGCCUGGGUCCGCACACUGCCCACAGUCCUCAAGAGGCAAACCGAACGACUGGAGAACAAGUCCAUGGAAGGUAGUCUUGCCGCAGCCCACGUCUUCGGCUCCUACUACUGGUCCAUCAUUCUCCUAACGCGACCAUUCCUCAUCUACCGUGUGGCCCAGUACGUCAAAGGCAAGCUGGACCCAUCCUUACCUGAAAACCGAAAUGGUAGCUCGCGCAUUGCCCUGUUCGCCGAUGCAUGCGUCUAUUCCGCCCUCCGUGGCUUAGACGUAGUAGACGACCUCAGCCAUUAUACCACCCUCCCCAAACGCCUCCCAUUCCUGAUCAACUCCGUCUUCAACUCUGUCAUCGUCCUCGGAGCCGCUUUCUUCGCCGAUUACGACAACCUUCUCCCCCUGGAAGAAGGAAUCAACAAAGCAGAACGAUUCCUGGCCCUCUUCGUCCCGCACGAUCCUCACGCUUGCCGUUUCGCCCAGAUCAUCAAAUAUCUCCGCGCAGCUGUGGCAGAGUACGUCUCCCGACGUAAUCGCCAAUGGAUGAAUCGACGUAGCAAGCAGGUCGAUCAACUCUUCGGUCAAGUAAGCGUGGAUGGCCCAACCUCCCUCACCCCAGGAGGCCCUUCUUCAGUUACCCCUGUCGUGCCAUCUCCCAGCUCUCCUCGCAAAACCCCUGGUGGCACGCCCUCUUUCAUCCCACCUCAAUCCCAGCCACAACCACAGACAUCUCAAAACCUCUCGACCGACAACGAUAUCUGGGAAGCUAUCUGUAACGGUCCAGACUGUACAGGGGCUAUGUCCUAUGAUGCAGCUAUCUCCGCCCUCACAACAUCUGGUAUCCCGGUGGGCUGUUCGCCUGGGGGAACUAUUCCACCUGGUCCACCCCCUGCCUCUGGUCCAUCUCCCCUUUCCGAUGUCAUGUUCCCAGAUAAUGGACUUUUAUACAUGGCAGAGGAUCUGCCGGUGUUUGGGCUCUGGGGAGACGAGAGCAAUAACAUAUUAUGA